AUGAAGGAGGAGAUUAAUGUAACACUCUCUCCUCCCCUCUCAAUCACAGAGCAGGGUCAGGCACAAAGCCAGGUGGGCUGCAGAGAGCUGCGUUCCACCAAGUACAUCUCAGAUGGUCAGUGCACCAGCCUGAACCCGAUCAAGGAGCUGGUGUGUGCCGGGGAGUGUCUUCCCUCCCACCUACUGCCCAACUGGAUCGGCUCCGGUCCCGGGUACACCGGAAAGUUCUGGAGCCGCAGGUCGGCCCAGGAGUGGCGCUGCGUCAUCGACCGGACCCGGACCCAGCGCAUCAGCCUGCAGUGUCAAGACGGAAGGUCCAGGACCUAUAAGAUCACUGUGGUUACCUCCUGCAAGUGUAAACGUUACUCCAGGCAGAACAAUGACUCAGGGAAUGGGAAGUCAGAGCUGGAGGUCAGGCAGGCCCAGGGCCAGGGCUCCACACUCCAGGCAGAACAAUGACUCAGGGAAUGGGAAGUCAGAGCUGGAGGUCAGGCAGGCCCAGGGCCAGGGCUCCACACUCCAGGUAGAACAAUGACUCAGGGAAUGGGAAGUCAGAGCUGGAGGUCAGGCAGGCCCAGGGCCAGGGCUCCACACUCCAGGCAGAACAAUGACUCAGGGAAUGGGAAGUCAGAGCUGGAGGUCAGGCAGGCCCAGGGCCAGGGCUCCACACUCCAGGGGCCCAAGAGGAGGAAGGGAAAGGAAGGGAAGAAUGGACGUUCUGGUCAGGGGGACUGGGCAGAAGAACAGCCUAAAAAAUACUGAACUGAGCCCGCUGGUCAGGGGGGCUCUGUACACCUCUGAGGGGUUGGAAGGUCUCUCUGUGCCCCCACUUCAGAAACAACACCAACAGACACUAGUUUUGUUUAGAAGGCAACAAUGUGUUUGCUGUAUUUAAUGCAGCUAAAUUGAGAAGGCUUGAGAAGGCUAUGGAAUGAUUCCUCAGACAGUGCAACUGGUUUGCCAAAUAUUGACCACUGUGGAUGUGUUUGUGUAUGUAUGCGUUUUUGUAUGAUAGAAUGAGACUAGUUCAAAUCGCACAAGAACCGCAUUUGACAGCUAAGAUGAGGAGUUCUCUCAACAGAUGAAUAUGUUGUCCACAUCAUAAUGUUUAGAUUAACAGAAAAAGCCAGAGUAUGUAUGUAAAUAGUGAUUCUAUACUCUGGGUUACUUUUUAAUGUAUGUAAAGGAUGACUAUGACAAUGUAAUAUAUUUUUGUAUGGGGAUAGCUGAACUAAAUAUAAAUAAGUUCAUGUU